GUAGCGCGCGCGCAUUCACGCACACUUCUGCGUGGUGGUGGUCGUCGCUUUUGUUAUUUUUUCAAUCCCUGCCAGCCACUUGCUGCCUUGGCUUGUUCACUGACUUUUUACAAGUGUAUAACUUUUGUUUUACUAUAUUAAACUCGAAUUACUUCGUAACCGGUGGUUAAAUGCUGUGAGAAUAUAUAAAUUUACUAGUUACAUCAAGUGAAAUCUGUCAAGUAAAGUCCAGAUGUUAGAAGAGCAAACGGCAACAACCUCGUUUUGUGUCAACAAAAUAUAAACAGUGAUCGGGACGAGUUAUACGAAACAAAAAGCGUAUAGUGAUGAAUUAAACAAUGGUCUAAACUGGAUAUUGGAGAAUGGGCUUCAUUCACUCGCGCCACUGGAUUAUUGGAACUUGAAUUUUGUUGCGACUUCACCCACAUAACGUUUAUGUUUAACCGCCAGCCAUGAUGGGGCCCAGACUAUACAAAGUCGCUGCUUUAAUACUACUUGGAACUCUGAGCAAGGGGCAACUGCCCGAAGAUGACUUCAGGAUAGUCAACAGACAAGAUCUCCUGGCGUCCGACAGCGAUAUGUUCGAAGAUAACAGCACUAAGUCAUUUUCGCAACUGCUGUUCGAUGUGGCAAGGGACCAGCUGAUCGUGGGCGCAAGGGAUACGCUGUACCGCCUCUCGCUACGCGGUCUCCGGCCGUUAGAGCGCGCUGAUUGGCCCGCGCCCGCCAACAAGUCGCACCUGUGCCAAGACAAGGGCCAGACGGAAGACGACUGCCACAACUACGUCAAAGUAUUGUUGAGCUACGGUCAUAAGCUGUUCGUAUGUGGGACUAAUGCGUUCAGCCCUGAGUGCAGCUGGAGAGAGAUCGAGUCAAUAAACACGGUGACAGAAUGGGUGUCCGGCGUGGCGAACUGCCCGUAUAACCCGCACUCCAACGUGACUACCAUCUUAUCCAGCAGCGGCGAGUUCUAUGCGGCCACUCCUACCGACUUCGCCAGUUCGCAGACUGCCAUUUACAGGACGCGCGGCGCCUCGGCCCACAACUCGGGCACGCUCCGCACCCGGGAAUACGACCUGACGUGGCUCAACCAGCCCGAGUUCGUCGGCAGCUUUGAGGACGACUUCUACGUCUACUUCGUGUUCAGAGAGUACGCUGUGGAGUUCAUGAACUGUGGCAAGGCCGUAUACUCCCGCAUCGCGCGGGUAUGCAAGAACGACAGCGGCAGUCAGCUCCGACGCGACAACUGGAGCACGUUCCUCAAGGCGCGCCUCGCCUGCUCCGUGCCCGGCGACGUGCCCUUCCACUACGACGAGGUGCAGGGCGUCGAGUACCUCCCGCAGGAGAAGCUGCUCGUGGCCAUCUUCACCACGCCCAGAAACGGUAUAGCCGGCAGUGCUGUAUGCAUAUACAACAUGUCAGACAUCGAUGCUGCAUUUGAAGGCCCAUUCAAGGUUCAAAACACCCCGACGUCUUCCUGGGAACACAGAUCGCCUUCUACUUGGGCGAGGGAGCACUACAGAUGCGUAAAGAACCCAAGGAAUCAACAAAGCCUGGAAUACCACAACUACAUGCUAAUGCACUAUCCCAUCCAACCCAUAUCGGACGAGCCCGUCUACCGCGUUACCUCCGACCGCUUCACCCACGUCACCGCCGACGUCGCCCAGGCCAAGAACGUGGGCAGACAGCUGGUGCUGUUCGUGGCGACGCAGGACAGUGACGUGUUGAAGCUGGCCGUGCUGCCGCGGUGCGAUGGCGCGUGCCUGGUCGAGCGGUGGAGGCUGAGCGACGGGGAGGGGUUCGCGGUGCGGGCUAUGCAGUUUGUUAAGGAUACUAUGUCGCUGUACAUCGGCAACGACAAGGGCGUCCUGCGCAUCGGCAGCGAGCGCUGCGCGCAGCACGCGCGCCGCGCCGGCUGCGUGGGCGCGGCCGACCCGCACUGCGGCUGGGACGACGCCCGCGACCAGUGCGUGCGCGCCGCCGCGCGCCUGCACGACGCGCACUUCGUGCAGAACACUGCCAGCUGCCCGGAGAAAACAGCACCAGUGGACGGUGGCUGGUCGUCGUGGUCGCAAUGGGAACCUUGUAUGCAGGACGGGACGUCGCACUCUGUCUAUGGUGACGAGAAACCCGACAUGUGUAUGUGUCGAACGAGAAAAUGUGACAACCCCAAACCGGUGAACGGCGGACGGAAGUGUGAAGGCGCAAGCAUAUCCGUAACGAACUGCACGGUGCACGGCGGCUGGUCGGCGUGGUCGGGCUGGUCGGAGUGCUCGGCCUCGUGCGGCAUCGCCGUCAAGUCGCGGCGCCGCGCCUGCGCCGCGCCCGAGCCGCGGCACGGCGGCCGCGUGUGCGUCGGCCAGGACACCCACGACCUCUACUGCAACAACCUGCCGCCCUGUCCCGAUCCAGCGCUAGCCCCCGUGGACGGCGGCUGGUCGGCGUGGGGCCCCUGGUCGGCGUGCGCGGCGGCGGGCGGGCCGGGCUGCGGGCCCGCGGCGGGCUGGCGCGAGCGGCGCCGCGCCUGCGCCGAGCCCGAGCCCAAGUACGGCGGCGCCGACUGCGACGGCGCCCGGCUGGACCGCCAGCCCUGCGACCUGCGCCCCUGCGAGCUCAGGAAGGCCGCCGCCUGGACGCCCUGGGUGCAGAUACCGGGUAAUGCCUCGGAUGGUAGCUACACCGAGAAGAGGUUUAAAUUUUCAUGUAAGGCGCCAUCUCCGGAACAAGUAAAACUGACGUUAGCCCGCGAAGAAGAGCGCUACUGCGACCCGCUGGGAGCGUGCGUGGCGGCGGACGAGGCGGGCUGGGAGCCGUGGGGCGCGUGGGGCGCGUGCUCGGCGCCGUGCGGCGGCGGCCAGCAGGCGCGGCGCCGCCGCUGCCGCCGCCCGCCCUGCGCCGGCGCGCCCGACAUGCUGCGCGCCUGCAACGUGCACGCCUGUUCCGGUGAAUGGUCGUGCUGGUCGGAGUGGAGCCCGUGCACGGGCGGCGACAGCAGCUCGGGCUGCGGCUCGGCGGGGCGGCGCUCGCGCACGCGCACGUGCCGCUCGCGCGAGGGCUGCGCCGACGCGGGCGCCGCGCUCGAAACGCGCGUCUGCGUGCUGCCGUGCGCAGAAUCGGAAGGUAACUGGAGCUCGUGGGGCGAAUGGAGCGAGUGCGAAAAUAACGAACGGACUCGCCGACGCAGCUGCGACAGCGGCGCCUGCGCCGGCGCCGUGCUGCAGGUGGCCCCCUGCGACCACGACGACAUGAGCAAUGAACUAUACGCGUUGCCCGCGUACAGCGACAGCGUCGAAAUGGCGUCGUUCGUGAGGGCGGGAGACUCGCUCAGCGUAGGAGGCAUUGUUGGCUGCGUUGUAGCCGCCUUCGUUAUGGGCUGCUUAGUUUGCUUGGCGGGCGUGAUAUACUUCCAAAGACGCGGUACCCGCUUACCGUGGCGACGGUCAACUCGUGUUCCUUCAAGCCCACAUUAUAUUACGGCCAAGCAGAACAGCUAUGUCACAGUCCCGCUGAAAGACGUUCCUCGCAAAGCGAAGCGCCAGCCAUCAUUCACGGGCAUCGGCAACUCGAGCGGCAUCCUGCUCUCCAAAAGCAACAACAUCUCCAACGCGAACAACCACAACAACACCACGGCCACGCCCAAGCUCUACCCCAAGGCCAUCGCCAACGAAUACGACUCCAUGGGAACGCUGCGGAGGCAUUCCAACCAGCCCAAUAACAGGAACAACCUUGACAGUGAGGAGGACAAGUUUUAUUAGCACAUAGGCUCAGCUCCCGGGUCUACCCGGUUAGGUUCAAAUUUUUGACAAUUAGUCUAUGUAGUGAGACAAGCCUUAGCUAGCUCAUAACUUACGCUCACGACUUGUUGACUCAGGUAGUCGGUACGAAGCAUGGUUCCAGAAACAAUAAAAAGCGAUUUUGAAUUUAGAUGCGAGUAUGAUGUUGGUUAAACCUGGGUAAACUUGGCGAAUAUUAUUUUACGCUACUUUUCUAGCUGCUUCAAGAAAAACGAACAGACAAACGCAUUUAGUUUAAUAUUGCAUUCUAAAUAUGGCGGAAACGUGAUCAUAUCAAGGUCGUAAUGCUUUAUUAGAUCUCUGAUGGGAAUAUUUUAUGUGGUAAUAUUAGCCUUGUGUGAAUCCGUUUGGCGAAGACUGGUUGUGUACAAACUUGUAUUGCAACCGUUGGAAUUUGACGUUAUGUGCCUAAGAUUGGUAUUCCACCUGUCCAAUUUCUUGGUCCGAUGUGUGUUUGCGUCUCAUAUUUUGCUUGAUGAGAAGGUGAGGCGCAAUGCACAUUGGACCAAGAAAUUGGACAGGUGGAAUACUACCCUUAACUAUGGGUAUUAGUAGAUAUUAAGAAAGUGUUAUUUGUCACUCGGUGUGUCUGAUAGUAUAUUACAAACAACAGAUGCUGUUAUAGAAUAAAUAUUGACAUUUAAUAAUCCUUAAUAAUUUGAAUUUGCCUAUUACGGUUGUUAAAAAAUGUGUAAGUUGUUUCAAUGAUUCCCUGUAUUGUUCAUGUGAUAAGCGGUUAUGAAUGAGUGCAUUUUAUGUAAAAUCCAGUGCCAUGGUGAUUAAAAUUGUAAAAUAAUCUAUUUUUAUAAAAUCUUACUAAGUUCAAUGAUUAUAAAUGUAAAUAUUAUUGUUACUAAAACUAGGCAUUUCCAAUAUGACAAAGCCACAUGUGCCAUGUAAAUAAGAUAAAUUAAAUGUAGAUACUAAUUAUUUAAGAUAUUAUUUCAAAUAUAUAUUUACACAUAGUCCUUAGUACAAAUUCAGGUGCCUUGGGAUAUUAUGUAUACAUACAAUGAUUUUAUAUACGCAAGUUGUUGCUGAAAACUAUAGUUUCACUCAUAUUUUGAAUGUUGACAACUCAACAUUUCACUUGACUCAUGUUGAGUCGAAGUAUUUUAUAUUAUUAUAUUUUGUAUUUUAGUAAGGUCAUCUGAGGUAAUUGCGUCCAUAAGUGAAACUCGCUUACAAAAAUAUCGAAUAGGUUAGGUGCAAAUGCAGCGAAGACGCAUUAUCCUUACCUGCUUUUGUACUUACCAGAUUUUGGUAAUUAGAAAGCGCAUUUGCUCCAAGGACGCAAUUACCCCAGGAAGUAUAUGAAAGAAAUAGGAUAUAUUUAGUAAGGCGACUGAUUGUCUGUAAGUGUGUAAAAAAUUAGCUGAGAGCGCGCUUUUGCAUAGGCAUCUAGAUUUUAUUUUAUUUUGAUACCUUCGGGUAGUACACGGAGACAACUGCUCCACGAUAUAUUUUUGUAUUUUUAUAUGAAACAAUGUUUUUGUUAUUUUUUGUUUGUCUAUGAAUUUAGUUUAAAAAAAAAUACUUAAUUUUUGUGACUGACAGUCCCAAUCGUCUACAUUUCCUUUUAUAUUUCGAGUAGCACUUCAGGCCUUAGAACGCUGUUUGGAUGCGGGUGUGUGUUAAUUGUUAUUUAAGUACGACUCGCUAGAACGGUCCGGGUCGGUGCCGAGGCGUCCGUCACUUCGUUUUCUAUGACGGGUAAUCGGUGACGGUCAUCACGUGAUUUGUAUACAAAAUUUAACUGCCUGACGCUCAGGCCCAGAUCCAGAUUGAUCUGCUGUGAGUCCUCCUUUAAGGCGGAAUGUUUUGUAUACCUGCUUGGAUCGAUUUGUGGUUUUAUAUUCGAUUUUCUAUUGAGGAAUCUUUAUGUGCCGGUUUAGUAUUGUCGCUAGUUCGAAACUUCAACUAGUAACCGAACAGAGCAUAUUAUAUGACACAGAUGUAUAUUACACUAGAAUAUUUAUGUUUAUAUUAUUAUGUUUGCUAGAUAAAACAUACUUCAAAUCGGUCAGGGUAUAUUUUGUCCUUAAGACGAAAGUGUCCGUGCGAAAUCGCCUUUUCAAACAAACGUAGUCCUCAUUUUCCUCUGGAUAUUAACAUUAUUGAAAAAAAAAAUUGACACAAUUAGUUGUAUAUCAACUACAGCUAUGCCCGAACGUUUGAUUUUUAUCGAAUUUUUAAUUGUUAUAGGAGUUACAGCAUUUAAAAAAUUCUAUGAAAUCUGUUUUACGCGCCUAAUUUUUACAAUAAUCUAAAAAGUCAAACGGGGCAUAUCUCUAUGGUUAAUAUACAUCAAAUUAUGUAAAAAAAAAUCCAUAAUGUCAAUAUCCAGAGAGGAAAAUGGAGACUACGUUUGUAUGGAAAACCGGCCGUCGUCUUUCCUCUUAAUAAGCAUAGUACGGUCACGUCUGAAAAUAUCGAGACGGACAAAGUGCCAAAAAUAUGUUUACACUAUCCUAAUAUAUGGGCCAUAAGGUCGUGUAUACAUAUUUUUGGCACUUCGAUCGUGUCGAUGUUUUCAGACGUGACUGUACCAUUGACUGCUUCAAGUGCUGUGACGUUUACUCGAUGUUUAGACGGUUCUGUCCGACUGGGAUUGUAAAAGUCAACGGGUUAUGCAUUAUUUUAGGCAAACACCUUUGCUUUAUCGUAUUAUAAUAUUGAGGCUUCCUCGCAUUAACUCACCGAUGUUUACUAGAGAUUAGGGCCUUGUGUAACUCGCCAAGUGCCUUCAUUCCUGAUAUAUUAUUAUACAAUGUUACAGAUUGAUGAUGUUGUUAGCUUCUACUUAAUAACAAUAAAGACUGUCAGAAAUUUA